AGCCCAAGCCCCCCAAUAAACCAAAUUUAAGUCCGAUCCUUGACGUCCUCCCUAUAAAUAUCUCCACCCCACCUUUCUAUUCUCCUCCCUUGUUUUGAGGCUGGGCCGUUUCCUCAGCUGCAAACCCUAGCUAGGGUUUUUCUCCAGUCCUCUUCCUACGAUCUCCUCGCCAGGGGCUUGCUGAUUUCUUUCCGUGUUAUUGUGCUUCUUGGCAGUCCUGAUCUCUUUGUCUCCAUGGAAACAGCUCGCAAGAGGGGGAGGCCGGAGGCCGUGAACGGAGGCGCCGCUGGGCAGAAGCGACUAAAGGAAACGGAGUCGUUCCAAUCUGGUCUAGGAAGCAAAUCGAAGCCUUGCACCAAGUUUUUCAGCACUGCUGGUUGCCCAUUUGGUGAGGGUUGUCAUUUCCUGCACUAUGUUCCUGGUGGCAUCCAGGCAGUGGCACAGAUGACCAAUCUAGGCAACCCAGCCGUCCAUCCUACAAGAAACCCUGUGCUGCCUCCUGCGAUCCCCGAUGGCCCACCUGGACCUGUUGUCAAGACCAAGAUGUGCAACAAAUACAACACUGCAGAGGGAUGCAGAUUUGGGGAGAAGUGCCAUUUUGCCCAUGGGGAAAGAGAGCUUGGCAGGCCCAUCCCAGCAUCCCAUGAUGGUCCUAUCCCACCUCCAAUGGGAGGAAGACUGGCAGGCCGCCUUGAACCUCCCCCGCCUGCUGGCAUGCCAGCCACGGCAAGCUUUGGUGCCUCAGCCACUGCCAAGAUCAGUGUUGAUGCGUCUCUUGCAGGUGCCAUCAUCGGGAAGGGUGGUGUGAAUACCAAGCAGAUUUGCCGCAUCACAGGGGUCAGGCUGGCCAUUCGAGAUCACGAGUCAGACCCCAACUUGAGGAACAUUGAGCUGGAGGGUAGUUUUGAUCAGAUCAAACAUGCUAGCGGUAUGGUCAGAGAGUUGAUUGUCAAUAUUAGCUCUAACACCCCUAUGCCAGUGAAGAAUCCAGUUGGGGCAGCACCUGGUGGCCCUGGUAACAACUAUAAGACUAAGUUGUGCGAGAACUUUACCAAGGGUUCCUGCACUUUCGGUGAGCGGUGCCACUUCGCUCAUGGGGCAAGUGAGCUGCGCAGAACUGCGUGAGAUGCUGCGGUGACGAGCGGUUUUCUGAUAGGUUCGCCUUCUUUUCUUUUUCUUUGUGGGUACUGGAUUUAGAAGCUUUUGUAGCAGCGGAUGACAUUUAUGUGUGGAAUGACUAUUUUAGACAUUUUUAUUGUCUCAUUUGCUAUGGCACUGUGCUGAGGUGUUUUAGAUCCCUAGACUAUCGGUAAGCUAUUGGUGGUAGGAACAGCGAAAAAGCUUGGACCAUCUAUCUUUUUAAAUCUGGUAUUCUCUGUCAUUGUUAAGUAUUGAUAGUUUGGUAGUGGUUGCCGACCAUUUAUUGGUUUGGAUAUUUAUUGUGUGUGAAUGGAUGUUGGCUCUUUUGAUGGGAA